UACCGUUUUGAAACAAACGAUGGGGGAAUCUUUAACUUUUCCUCUUCCUAAAAUCGAUCAAAAUUCUUCCCAAAUUAAAACCUAAAACUAAUGAACAUGGAAGAACCCUAACUCUGCAAAAAAUUCGAACCCUUUUCAAUGCCCUAGCUUUCACUGUAAAUCAUUGAAUCAUCAAGCUUAUUAUCUGUUCGUGAAUCGCUCUGAUAUUAGAAAGAACCGUAUUCAGUUUUUCUUGGUGGAAGUGAAUCGAUCUAAUAAGAAUGGAAGUUUCUCUAUAUAUUAAUUCAUGGUGGCUUGAUUACAGUGACGGAGGGGGAGGCUUUUUAUUUGGGCGGCGUAUUUGUGAGUCGUCACGGUUUGGAUCCUACGAAAGUGGGAUACAAUGACUUGACUGGAUUUGUGGAGGAGAUAGGCUACCAAGACUAUACAUUGUAUUAUAGAGACUAUGGACCUCGUGGGUUGCAGGAGCUGAAUUGUCAGGAGCAUGUCGUGGACUUAAUGACAUCCAAGGAAGCAAUGCAAGAUGGUAUGGUGCAGUUGUAUGUUGUAGGGAAAAUGGCAAAGAAUGUGACUGCCUUUGUGAAUGCAAAACCUGCAACAUCUAUGAAUGCCACUGCCGAGACAUCGAAGAAACAAAAAGAAGUGACUUUCGGGACUCCAAAGCGCGUAAAUUUGACUUCCGGGACUCUAAAGCGUGUAAAUGUGACUGACGGGACUCCAAAGCGCGUAAAUAUGACUUCCGGGAAUCCAAAGCGCAUAAAUGUGUCUGCCGGGACUCUAAUGCGUCCAACUGUUAAUGCCGGGGCUGAUGUGACUGUCGGGGCUGAUGUGAAUGCCAGGGCUGAUUUGACUGUCGGGGCUGAUGUGAAUGCCGGGGCUGAUGACAUUGAAGGCAGUUUUGAAGACGCAGAAGCAGAAGAUCCCGAUUACUAUCCGGUUCAAGAGAGUGACACUAAUGAUGAUCUUUCGGAUGGUGAUCUUUCUGACGAUGAAGAGUACAAAUUUGCACGGGAGAACAAGGCUCGAUUCAAAAAUUAUGUUCCUACAGAGAAUCAUGUGGAAUUUAGUAGUGCCCUAGUUUUGAGGGGAAAAGGUGAUUCGGACAAUGAAGUGAAUAAUGCAAGCAGUGAGUAUGCUACAUCCGAUGGCGAUGUGGAUUCCGAUGUCAGUAGUGAGGAGGGGGAAGAUGUAGGCGAGCGGAGGCGUAAGAAGAAGGCUGCUAUAUAUGAUCCAAAGUCAGAUCAUAAAAAUUUGAAAUUCCAAUCAGGAAUGGUUUUUGUUGAUUCAAAAGAAUGUGCUGCUGCAAUUACAAAGUGGGCCAUUUUGAAUGGCUACAAUCUGAGGAAUAUAAGGACGAAUAAGAAGCAAGUUGAAAGGCAUUGCGAUGAGAAUUGCAAUUGGAGGCUGUUUGCGAGUUUUGAUCGAAAAACACACUGCUUUACUAUCAAAAGGGUGACUACUGCGCACACGUGCAAUAGAAAGAUUGAGAACAGACAGGCCUCGUACGGCUGGAUUGCUACUGAAUACUUGGAGAAAAUUCGGAGGAAUCCGAACAUGACGGCUGCAGUGUUGAUUGACGAUGUAAUGGACAAGUAUUGUGUGCAAAUCACAAACUCUAAGGCAUACAGAGCCAAGGGACAUGCACUAAAAUUGCUUAGAGGGUCUGUGGCUGACCAUUAUGCGGGGUUGUGGUCGUAUAUGGCGGAGUUGAUGUGAGUCGAUCCGGAAAGCAGGUUUCAGUUUAAACUUGGCGAUGACACUACAUUCAAGGGGUUCUAUGUAGGCUUUAGUGGCUUGAGGAAAUGGUUUAUCAAGGGAUGUAGGCCCAUAAUUGGGUUUGGUGGCUGCUUCCUUAAAACCUUUCUCGGGGGUGCAUUGCUAUCCGCUAUCGCUAAGGACGGGAACAAUCAAAUGUUCCCUGUAGCUUGGGCAGUUGUGGAGUCCGAGGAUGAAGAAUACUGGACGUGGUUUCUAGAAAUUUUGUUUGGAGAUUUGGGUAUUCUAGACGGCAAUGGGUGGAGUUUCAUUAGUGAUCAACAAAAGGGAUUGAUCAAUGCAAUAAGCAAGCUUGCUCCACACGGAGAGCAUCGAAACUGUGCAAGGCAUAUCUACUACAAUUGGAAAAAGGAUUUUAAGGGUCCGGGGUUGAAGAAAUUUUUUUGGAAGGUGGCCCGAAGUACUUAUCAAGCUGCACAUGACAAAGGGUUGGCUGAAAUGAAAGAAGAGAAUGAGCCAGCUUAUAAUGACUUCAUGCGACGAGGACGACAAAUUUUUUGCAAAGUGUUCUUGAGCGAAUGGCCAAAGUCCGAUAUGAUCGAUAACAAUGUGGCCGAAACUUUCAAUGGCUACAUUGUUAAGGCAAGAGCAAAACAUGUCAUUGAUUAUGAUCGAGGAAAUUAGAUGUUCUUUAAUGGAGAGGAUGCACAACAAGUUAACUCAGAUGAGCGGUGUGGCAGUUUCUAUUUGCCCUCGAAUAAGGAAGAAGCUUGAAGAGCAGAAAUACUUGAACAGGCUGUGUCAAGCUAAGCCGAGAUUUAACGAUAAAUUCCAAAUCGCAAUGGGACAAGAUGGAUUUGUGGUUGACAUGAGGAAUCUGACCUGUGCAUGUCGGUUGUGGCAGCUUACUGGACUACCCUGUCCACAUGCUUGUGCAGCCAUUCACUGGAAGAAUGACGAUACAUCAAGCUACGUCGAUGAAUACUACUCUAUUCAUCGGUAUAUGCAGGCAUAUCAGUUUGGUUUGGAGCCGAUGAACGGUAAAAACAUGUGGCCAGCAUCAGAGGGAUAUCCAAUUAAGCCACCGCUCUAUAAGAAAAUGCCAGGCAGGCCUAAGAAAAAGCAAAAGAGAAAACCUGAAGAAGAGAAUCGGGACCCUUCAAGGUUGGGAAGGCGUGGAAUCCUCAUGACGUGUAAAGUAUGCAAUACCUUUGGACACAACAAACGACCUGCCCUCAACGACAUAAUCGACCAGUGCAACAAGCAGAAAAGCAAAAUCCAGAUAAGCUUUCGAGGAAAAGAGGUCGACCAUGCAAGAUCAAUCCUAGUCCAACAGACCCACAACAACCAUCAAGUAGCACGAGACCUCCAAAAUUAACUCCGGCUGAGAAGCGAAUCAGACAGAAGGAGCUUCGAAAGGUUCGUGAAGGUUAUGGCGCGCCUACAAUUGAGGAAACCGGAAACAGAGAUGAAAAGGUAACUUAUUGUUCUUUGGUGUUGAAUUGUUAAGUGUUCUUUGGUGUUGAAUUGUUAAGUGUUCUACUGUUUUGUUGAACAGCUGCCUGGCCACAAAAGGGCUAAAUUUGUGGGUGGUCCACAACUCAGAAGCCGUCCGACAACAACAAGUGAAGCAGCUUCGACAGUAACAACUCCUUCCUACGCAAUGCCAACUGUUUCAAGCUCAAGACGAGGAGCAAUAAGAGGUACCGGAAGAGGUUCGGGUCGAGCAGCUAACAGAGGUGCAAUCAGAGGAGCUAGCCGAGGAGGAAAGACAAGGGGACUUGGACAAGG